UCUUACGGAGAGUAAUUGCAAUCGAAGCCGGUUUUCUGAGAACUAGACCUUGGGAAAAAUGCAAUUCGUGGAAGUGAAAUUUACAUAAGUAAAACAAACAGCUGAUUUCUGAUUUGAUUUCAAAAAAGCAUCUUUGCUGAUAACAUUUUCCAACUUCACGCACCCCCAAACAACAACAACAACACCAAUGGAAACCUGUGCGAACAUGUUUGGCAUUCAUCUGGACAGACGGCAAAAAAAACUGACAGUAACUCCAAUUGACCACUUUUUGCAUACGCACGCACACUAGUGCAUCCCGAAGACGAGCCCUAAUGUAGAGUUUGAUGUGACAGCCUGUCAGCUUGACAGCCCGCUAGCGAUCUAAUUGGAAAUGGACGAAAAAGCCUAAAAUCACGCGAACGAGAAAAGACCUACGUUUUGAGAUAAAAAGGACAAACAAACUCCGACUAGAAGCGACAAAGUGUUGUUUUGUUUCGCGCGAUCAGCCUACUAUGCGUAUGCAACUCACACCAAAACAAAGUGUUGCAUCAUUUCAACGCGGGGCCACACAUCAAUAAACACGUACUGAUAGAGAAAUGUGAAGUGCAACGGAUUAGUGUGUGUUUAACUUGUCUGUUUCAUACAAUCGUUUCAGACGGUGGCGGUUUUUCAUCUGAGCAGCAGGCAGCUGGUGUCAUAUCAAUUUUAGUCGCAAUUCCAAACAAUCCGUACGCAACCAAUCGAAAAUGGUCGAUUCGCAGGAUUUGAAGACCGAAACCUACAACGAGGAGAUUGAAGUGGCCAGCGACGAGGAGAUGUUUCCGCUGACGGGAAAUUCGCAGUUGCAGCUGCCUCCGAACUAUGAACUCAAGGAUUGGGACAGCCAGACGAUGGAGCUCUUCAACAGUCAAACCUUCGCCGAUGAUGCUAGUAAGGUGCUGAUAAAUGGUGAUUUCGCCACCGCCUCACAGGAUUACGAACUGCCCAUUGCGAUUAAAAGUUUGGAGAAUCUAGCUCAGGGAGAAACCAUUGAUGUGGAAGUUCUUGCCAGUAACAUGGACGAAACCAAACCAACAAGCACGAAUCUAGAGCAUUUGCGUCAGUUUCCAUCGGUUGACCCGAUGGCACUGUCAUGGAUCAACUUCCAAGUCAGUCUACCGAGUGAAACCAGCGACAAGACUAGCUGGAUGUUUUCAAGGAAGCUACAGAAACUUUUUGUUAAAAUGGGAAACACUUGCACGUUUAAUAUUUCCCUGUUGUCGUCCCUCGAUCGGGAAACAUUAGUCCGAGCCAUGCUGGUCUGCUCCACGCCGGAAGACCGUCAUCUUCCGGUGUCGCGGUGCGACAAUCAUCGCUGCAGCGACAACCAAGAUAUUCCAGAUUUCAUCAAAACACAUGUCGUUCGUUGUAAGAACGAACAGGUCAACUACACCGGCACCAAAGAUGGGAAAACCUUCGAAGAGCGAUUGGCCGUUCUGAUUCCCAUGGGCCAUUCGGCCAAAGGAGGCAUCACGUUGGAGUUCGUUUGCCAGAACUCCUGCCGCAACAUUAACCGGCGGGCUACGGCCUUAGUUUUUACACUGGAAGACCAAACCGGACGGAUCCUCGGCCGUCAGGUGUUCCAGAUCAAGAUCUGCACCAACAUCAAACGGGACAUGAUGAACGAGGAGAAAGCCGUCAUGGAGGAGUCAUCUCGUAAGCGUAAAGCCGCCCAACCGUGGGAGGCCAAACGUGGUAAAAAGGUCGUGCGGUACCACUCGGGAACACUUCUCCACUCGCAAUCUUCCGGAGGUAUCCAGAUCAAAGAGGAAUCCGGCACGCGGCGUUGCGACAUCGAUCCGGUUACGGUAACCGUUACACUUCCGAACCGUCGGAUGGCCCGCCGCAUGCUGGAUAACGCCGUCGGACAGGUAUCGACCGCGGUGCUGCGGACUUCCAGCGACACGGAACGGAACCAGUUGAUGCAGUUCGUCCAUGACAUUCGUCGCAGUAAAUCUUCGUUCGGUUUACCCAACAGCCAAAGCAGCGUGGACAGCGAUUGAAGAAGCGCGCCCCUUUGGGAAUUGCUACUUAGAGUUUAGUGUGUAGUUUGUAGAUUGUACGUAUAUGUAAAACAGAAAUAUUUAUUGGUUUAAGUUUUAAAGUAUUGGAUAUAAAUUACCUGAUGUUUGUAACGUUAUUUUUUACACAAAGCUAAGAUUAUUUUAACAUAAGAUAGAUAACCAGUGAUUUUAAACUGAUCGAACAAAUAACAAGUCGAAACGAUUAAUUCGGCAAGAAUAAAACAACCAUUCACAAAACACUA